AUGGCUGCGGUUAAAAGAAUACAAAUGAAGUACGAUAUGGUAGUUCAGAAUAUCGACCUUAUAUACGAUCUUGUGCGGACAGACCAACUAACAGUAGAACAAAAGAAUGAGUUUCGAGUUAGAUAUACUGAUUUAGACACUCAUUACCAAGAAUUUGUUUCUAUGCAUUUUGAAAUGCAACUUAAGGCGGAUGACUCGGAUUUAGAUAAACUUAAAGCCGUAUACGAAACUUAUAACAAAAGGUAUUACUUUAUUAAGAGACGUCAUCUCGAGUUGUUUAGUGAAACAAAACAUGAUUGCGGUAGUGAUAAUCAAAAUACUGAUUCUACUGCUAAGUUUAAGAUUGAGGAAAAGGAACUACCUACUUUUUCGGAUUUAUUAAAAUUUUUGGAAUGUGAAAUACGAAAGUUGGAGUCCAGUGCGGUUCCUGACUCCAACACUUCUAUGCGGCGUAGAAUGCCAGCUCCAGCAGCGGUACGAGCUGCCCAUGCGGUAAUACAAAAUCAUUUUACCACAUCUUGUAAAUAUUGCGGGACAGCGGGUCACUUCAUUGUCAAGUGCGAGAAAUUUUUGGGUUUAACGCCUACUAUUAGAAAGCGUCACGUGAUAUCGAAUAAUUUAUGCUUUCGAUGUCUUAAUAGUCACAAUAUUGCACAAUGUCAAUAUAAUAGAAAUUGUUACAAAUGCAACUCGCCAAAGCAUCAUUCAUUAUUACAUUUUGACCUGCCUGCGGGGGCGCGGGAGCGGCAACAGCGAUCACCAUCCAAUCACAUCAUGAGUAACACGAAUGCUCCGGACCAUGUACCUCAGGUGACGGUCCCUGCGGCCACGGUUCAAUCGACGAGUACAAGUGUUAAUAACGUGUUUGGAGGAAUGUCAUCGCAAGCAAUACCCUGUGGGACCUACCAACAUACAGUUUUGCUAGCAACUGCUAUGGUUCGGGUAUUAGAUUCACACGGAUAUUAUCUAGAGGCACGUGCUCUGCUUGAUGGCGGCAGUCAGAGUACGUUUAUUUCUGAAAAUUGUGCUAAUAAGUUAGGAUUAAAGCGGUUUAAAUCUAACGUAGUAACAGUCACGGGGCUAAGCGAUAUUCCUGUAAGCGGUUGUAAAGGGGUUGUUAACUUGACUAUUAUACCCAAGUAUGCGGAUUUACCUGUUCUCUUUACAACGGCUACAGUUUUGAAUAAAAUCACUCGUAAUUUGCCAGGAUUCUCCUUAUCACCUCGAUUAGAGGAUAAUUAUAGAGGAUUAGUUCUUGCGGAUGAACAAUUUUUUAUAAGUCGAGAAAUUGAUAUUUUGAUUGGUGCGGAUCUUAUUGGGGACAUUUAUUUAGGCGGCGGUACUAUCAAGGUACACGACCACUUACCUCGUGCGAUGAAUACGGUGUUCGGGCAUGUGUUGACUGGUCCUGUCACAUUUAUGGCUACAGAUCCAUGUCCUCGGGCUACUCAUUCUUCUCAUACAUUUUAUUCUAACAUUUCUACGGAUGAUAUUUUGAAACGAUUUUGGGAAAUUGAAGACCUUCCUCACGCGGUUAAAAACCCUAUGGACAUGGAGUGCGAGUCUAUUUUUGUAAGCACUCAUCAGCGGGAUAAGGGCGGUAGGUAUGUUGUACAUUUGCCUUUUUUAUCCAACAAACCUUUGCUUAGAGAUUCAGUCCCAUUAGCUAAGAAGCGGUUCUUGGCAAUGGAAAAACGGCUUCAGCGUAAUGACUCGUUGCGUAAAAAAUAUGUAGAUUUUAUGAGAGACUAUGCGGAAAAGGGACAUAUGUCACUCUGCGUCGGUAAACCAGAAGACUAUGUUUCCGGUUGUUUUUAUAUUAUAUGCCACCACGGAAUUUUUAAAGUAGGUUCGGAAAAUAUAAGGGUCGUAUUUGAUGCUAGUGGUAGCACUAGUAACGGAGUUAGUCUUAAUGAUUGUUUGCAUGCGGGGCCCAAGCUUCAGCGCGACAUAAUGGAGAUUAUUUGUAGAUUUAGAUUACAUAAAUAUGUAUUUACAACGGACAUCCGAAUGAUGUUCCGUCAAAUUUUGAUUAACCCAAAAGAUCGGCCAUAUCAACUCAUCUUCUGGAGAGAGUCCCCAGAUAUGCCUCUUCAACUUUAUCAAUUGAAUACCGUCACUUACGGGAUGAAGUCGAGUCCCUAUCUCGCGAUACGGACCUUAAGACAGUUGGCUGAGGACGAAGAAUCACGGUUUCCGGCGGCGGCGCGUCUUCUUCGUACUUCCGUGUACAUGGAUGACAUUUUGGGUGGUGCGGAUACGCUAGAAGAAGCACAAAAUCUUAAGCGGGAUCUGACCGGUUUAUUAAAAUUGGGCGGAUUUGAUCUCAGUAAAUGGACUUCUAACACCGCGGAGUUAUUGAGAAACAUAUCUGAGGAAGAUUUAGAAAAACCUCGUAUCUUUGUAGAUAAUGCGGACGGGCCUAGCUUCAUUAAAAUAUUAGGCAUCCAAUGGGAUCCCAGUAAUGAUAGUUUUUCUUAUCAUACCAAGCUGAAUGAUAAUGUAAUAUGUACAAAGCGUUUCAUCUUGUCGACGGUAGCUCGAACUUUUGACCCAUUGGGCUGGAUUUCUCCAAUCAUUUUACAAGGUAAGAUUCUGAUGCAACGGCUUUGGCUAUUAAAGUUGUCAUGGGAUGACAAACCACCUGCGGAUAUUGUUGCGGAUUGGCAAGGCAUUUUAAAGGAUUUGCCUGUAAUUGAAAGUUUUAAUCUGAAGCGGUUUGCCCUAGGAGAUUCUAAGAUUUGCUCUAUUCAUGGAUUUGCUGAUGCGUCUGAACUCGGCUAUGGCGCAGCUGUUUAUUUGAGAGCGGUCAAUAACUGUGGUGAGGUUACUGUAACUUUAAUGAUGGCUAAGUCAAGAGUUUCACCAGUAAAGUCCAAACUUACCAUUCCCAAACUAGAGCUUUGUGGCGCGACAUUAUUGGUACGGCUUACCAAAUACGUCGUGGACUCUAUUCAGAAUGAGGUGGAUAUUGAAGAUAUUGUUUGUUGGUCAGACAGCACUAUCGUACUUUCAUGGCUGCGGAUCUCACCUCAUCUUUUGCAGACCUUUGAAGGAAAUAGAGUGUCACAGAUUGUCAAUAGCGGUGUAGAUAUAAAGUGGCGGCACUUACCGUCGGAAAUGAACCCUGCAGACGUUGCAAGUCGUGGUUGUCGCGCGUCGGAAUUGCUCGAACACACAUUGUGGUGGGGUCCGUCUUGGCUUAAAGGUCAGGCUGAUACCUGGCCUCAGAAUAUAAUGAAAAAGGCAGAAGGCGAUUUGCCUGGUCUUCGCAAGACGAUGGUAAAAGUUCAUAUGGUACAGACGGAAGCGAAUCCCAUCUUUACGCGGUUUAGUUCAUUAACUGUACUGCUAGCGGUAGUGGCUUAUAGUUUUCGGUUUAUUAAUAAUUCUAAAAAUCCAAAUCAUAAAGUUACCGGUGUUUUGACAGCAAAGGAAAGGCAAUUUGCCUUACUGCGGUUAAUAAAAUUGGUUCAAACUACAGCGUUUGCUAAUGAUUUGGAUUGUAUUAAUCGAAAGAGUCUUUGUUCUUUAGGGUUGCGGCGGCUUAUGCCUUUCGUUAGUGAGGAUGGUCUAUUACGCGUAGGAGGAAGAUUGAAUUAUUCCGAUUUGUCCUUUAAUAGGAAACAUCCUCUUCUUCUGCCAAAAGAUCAUCCAUUAACGGUUUUAAUAAUUGAUCAUUAUCACAAAAUGCAUUGCCAUAUAGGUUCAACGGCAUUGCAGGCUAUUUUACAAAGUCAAUUUUGGAUUAUUUCGGCACGUCAAGUUAUACGUAGCCGAAUUUUUAAAUGUAUUUCAUGCUUUCGGACAAGGGCUAAACCCGCGGAACCCUUGAUGUCUUCGUUACCUACCGAUAGAGUGAUUGCUACGGGAGUUUUUCAUACUGUGCAAACGGAUUUUGCCGGACCCUUUAUUAUAAAGCAUUCACGUUUGCGAAAUGCAAAAACUUUGAAGGCGUAUCUGUGCGUUUUCAUUUGUUCAGCUACUAAGUGCAUUCAUCUUGAAUGUGUUACGGACUUAUCUACUUAUAGUUUUCUGGCAGCUUUGACCAGGUUUACAUCUCGACGAGGUCUCCCGAGUGUAAUUCGGUCGGAUAAUGGCACCAAUUAUGUAGGCACAAACCGACAUUUGGAUGAAGUACAGCGGUAUUUAGCUUCUCGGGAAGUACAAGCGGAGCUUAGUGGUACUGCUGCUAAACAAAAUAUUAAUUGGCGUUUUAAUGCGCCAGCAGCGCCACAUUUUGGAGGUCUUUUUGAAGCUACGGUAAAGGCAGCCAAAACGUUAUUACGGAGGGUCAUCGGUGACCAGGUAUUAACUUUUGAGGAGCUAGUAACGGUAUUUACUAGAGUAGAAGCGGUUCUUAAUUGCCGGCCCUUGUGUCCUUUGACACAAGAUCCUCAAGAUUUUGAAGUCUUAACACCGGCACAUUUUUUAAUCGGUCGAUCUUUGUUAUCAGUGCCCGAAUAUAAUUUUGAGGAUAUUCCUAACUCGCGGUUAAAUCGGUAUAAUCUUAUUCAGGCACUGUCACAGCGUUUCUGGAGAAAGUGGAGUGAGCGGUACCUCCAUACUCUUCAAAUGCGGAAUAAAUGGAUGUCUCCUACAGACCCUCCCAAGGUGGAUGAUUUAGUUCUAAUUAAAGAUGAAAAUUUACCACCAUUAAAGUGGAGAUUAGGCAGGAUUUUAGAGUUGUUGCCUGGUAAAGACAGUGUAGUACGAGUUGUGAAACUUAAGACUGCAACUGGCACUAUAACGCGUCCAGUUGUCAAGAUUUGCAGACUUCCCUCUAAUUAG